UGUCCCAGUGUCACGUUCGUGUUUUGAUUUUUCACGCGUCAGAGCUCGCGUGUCCCUGCCCGCUUUCCGUAGCUAGCUCCGGUUAGCUUCGAGGUAGCUAGCUACGUCCCUUGUUUCAGCGUCAUGGCAACUGAAGCAAAACGACUCAAGGUCGAUGGAGGCUCAUCUCCUCUGGAGAACUUCCUACAGUGGUGCAGUUCAGUCGGUCUGGUCCUCAGCGAUAAGGUGUACGUGAGUAAAGAGGGAACGGUCGCGGAGUACGGGAUGCUGGCGAAGGACAACAUAGAGGAAGGGGACGUGUUAUUCUCCAUCCCCAGAUCAGCCCUCCUGCACCAGGGGACAACCAGGGUCUCUGCCCUGCUGGAGAAAGAGAAGUCGUGUCUGGAGAGCUCCUCUGGCUGGGUUCCCCUGCUGCUGGCUCUGCUGCACGAGUGCACGUCCUCGCAGUCCCUCUGGAGACCCUACCUCUCUCUGUGGACGGACUUCAAGACGCUGGAUCACCCCAUGUUCUGGCCUAAAGAGGAGAGAGGCCGACUGCUGAGGGGGACGGGCAUUCCGGAGGCCGUGGACACGGACUUGGCCAACAUCCGCAGGGAAUACACAGACGUGGUGCUGCCCUUCAUCGCCCACCACCCUGACCUCUGGAACCCAGACACACACACGCUGGAGCUGUACACACAGCUGGUGGCCUUCGUCAUGGCCUACAGUUUCCAAGAGCCACAGGAAGAGGAUGAUGAUGAUGAAGAGGAGGAAGACGAGAAGGCCCCCAACCCGCCGAUGAUGGUUCCCAUGGCUGACAUGUUAAACCAUGUGUCCAAUCACAACGCCAAUCUGGAGUUCACACCGGACAGUCUGAGGAUGGUCUGUGUGCGGCCCGUUCGUAGAGGCGAGGAGGUUUUCAACACCUACGGGCAGAUGGCGAACUGGCAGCUGCUUCACAUGUACGGCUUCACAGAACCGUAUCCAAGCAACGGCAACGACACCGCCGACGUCCCCAUCGCCGACCUCUACAAGGUCGCCGCGCAAGGUAUUCAGUCUGAUGUGGACCGGCAGCUGAUGGAGGAGAAGUGGGAGAUGUUGCGUCAGAUGAUGCAAGAGAAAGCUGCAUUCGUCUUCGGUAAACACGGCUGCCUCACGGACACGGAGCUACACACUGCACUCAAGGUGCUGUGCAUGUCAAAGGACGAGUUCUCAGACUACAGAGAAAACGAAGGAUGGGAGGACGACGAGGAGGAAGACGAGGAGACUUUCUCUAACGAGGGUCUGCCAGGAUUAAAGGAUUCGUGGAAAUGGCUGAUUUGUGAAGCCGUCCGUCUCACUCUGGAGUCCUACGGAGAAGAGGUCGCGGAGGGCGAUAAGGCAGCACUUGGCGGACUGAGCAGCAGGCAGCGGAACGCGCUGCAGGUACAAUAUGGACAGAAGAGCAUCCUGCACAAAGUGAUGGAGCUCACCAAGUCAUGAGUUCAACGGUGGAAGCUAUUUUUUUAAUAUAUAUCUUGAAGGAAAUGUCAACUUCCCUUUGAAUAAAAAAUGUUAUUUUCUUCAA